AUGGCACUGCCCCCCAGCCCCCUGGCUAUGGAAUAUGUCAAUGACUUUGACUUAAUGAAGUUUGAGGUAAAGAGGGAACCCCCUGAGGGGCGAGCUGCCCCACCAACAGCCUCACUGGGCUCCACACCCUACAGCUCAGUGCCUCCUUCCCCCACCCUCAGUGACCCAGGCCUGGGGUGUGGCCUGGAGGGGCCCCGGCCUGGCCUGGAGGAACUGUACUGGCUGGCCGCACUGCAGCAGCAGCUGGGGGCUGGGGAGGCCCUGGGGCUGAGUCCCGAGGAGGCUGCAGAGCUGCUUCAGGAUCAUAGCCUGCUGCCUGCCGAGGAGCCCCACGACUUAUACCCAGGGAGCCCAGAGGAGAUGGGGACCCAGCGUGCCCAGCUGCCUGAGCGGUUUUCCGAUGCCGCGCUGGUGUCGAUGUCGGUGCGGGAGCUUAACCGGCAGCUGCGGGGCUGCGGGCGCGACGAGGCUUUGCGGCUGAAGCAGAGGCGCCGCACGCUGAAGAACCGCGGUUACGCGCAGGCCUGUCGUUCCAAGCGGCUGCAGCAGCGGCGCGGGCUGGAGGCCGAGCGCGCCCGUCUAGCCUCCCAGCUGGACGCGCUGCGGGUCGAGGUGGCUCGCCUGGCCAGGGAGCGCGACCACUACAAGGCUCGCUGUGACCGGCUGGUCUCCGGCGGUCACGGUCCCGGGGAUCACUCCCACUUCUUCCUCUGAGCCUCCAAGUGGUGGCUGGGGAGCGCUAUCCGCAAGGCGGUGGUACCAUUCACUAGAUGUUUCCUUCU